GAGUCUUUCUCGCUCUCGACUUCCUAUUGGGUCUACUGUCCAGACAGGAAACGAGAGAAAGAUGGCUCGGAGUAUUUCUUACAUAACUGGUUCGCAGCUUCUAGCCCUCAAACGUCGCCCUAAUAUUGCUAUUGUCGAUGUCCGGGACGAUGAGAGGAGUUACGAUGGACACAUAGCCGGGUCUCUGCACUAUGCGAGCGACACCUUUUCUGAUAAGAUCUCUAAUCUGGUUCAAGAGGUCAAAGGGAAGGACACCCUGGUCUUCCAUUGCGCCUUAAGUCAGGUUCGUGGUCCAACUUGUGCACGAAGGCUUGCAACCUAUCUCACAGGGGUGGAGAAUGAGGAAAUAAAGAACAUUCUUGUCUUGGAACGUGGCUUCAAUGGUUGGGAAGCUUCUGGUAGACCUGUUUGUCGUUGCACUAGCAUCCCCUGUAAGGGUGACAAUGCACAGUGAUUGUAGAAUACAUCCUGGAUGAGAAGGGAAGCACGUUCUCACUGCUGUAACAGAAAUGGAAGCAUAUUAUUACGAUGUAACAAUUUAAACGUUCAUAAUGGAUAUCAUGUUUAAACAGUAUUGUUUAUUUCUCAUGUGAUAGACAACAUGGUUUUUGCAGCCUGCUUGGCUGAUUGUAUGGGUUCCAUUUUUAAAUGAACUUUGGUAUAUUUGCUGUA